UAUAAUGUCUCCGUUGCUGUACAAAACUGACGGAAGCCCGCCGGCUCGAACAGUAAUGAUGGUAGCAGAUAUUCUUGGAGUACAUUUGGAUAAGAAAGAAAUAAAUCCAGUACUAAGAGAACAAGAUACGCCGGAACUCACUAAGAAAAAUCCAAUGAGGACUAUCCCUUUAUUAGAAGAAGACAACUUCUGUUUAGCUGAUAGUCACGCCAUAAUCCUCUAUCUUUUCGAAAAGUAUGGCAAAACUAAACACCAACACCUGUACCCAUCAGACAUGAGAAAGCGAGCUACAAUCAACCAAAGGUUAUUUUUCGAUUGCGGCGUUUUAUUUCCAAGACUCAGAUCCAUUAUGGCUCCAACUUACGGUGGUAAACUGACUGGAUUAUCAAAAUCCAUGAUAGGGAACGUCGAAGACGCGUACAGAAUGCUUGAAACAUAUUUAUCUGAGACAUUAUAUUUGGCUGAAGACGUCAUAACCCUUGCAGAUAUUAGCAUCAUGACCACCAUGUCAACACUAAAUGGAUUGAUUCCUAUCAACGAAAAAACGUAUCCUAAGUUGAAACAAUGGUUUAACAAUAUGUCACAGCAAGAAUACUGUAAAAGGAUAAACGAACCCGGCAGCAAAGAGCAUGUCUACGGCCUAAAGACAAUCAUGGAAAAUAACAAACAAAAAUCCAAACUUUAGCUCCGACACAACAGAAAAUCAUCACAUUUAUUAACAUAAUUUGUGUAUUCGAAGCUGUAAUAUAUUUUAAAACAAUAUCAAAUUAAUUGUACACUAACUUGCUUAUCAAGUUGAGACCGUUUUUUAAUUUACACUAUUGUAUUGAAGAACAUCAAAUUAAAUAUACACAUAUCGGUAGCAAGGAUCAAGAAUGUUUAAGCACAGAGAUAUUAAGCAAAUGUUACUUGCCACAUGUUAAAGCAUA